CAGAAGCACACAGCAUCAACAGCUCGGAGGACCAGAGGCAGCUGCGAGCAAAGCCACCUUCAGCCACUCACACGACUCCGACUCGUCCUCCUCCUCCUCACCCUCCUCACCAACCGACUCUUCCGAACCCCCCUUCGUGUCGAGACAACCGCAGACCGCAAUGGCAGAAAAGAUGCGUAUCCGGGGAGCUUCCGUGCGCUACGGCGGAAGCUACGGCGGGCAGCUGAGCAGCGUGCUGGGCAGCGGCGGGUCCAGAGGGUUCGGAGCAGCGUCCUCCUUCGGGAUGGGCAGCAGCCUGGGACUGGGGGGCGGCCUGGGUCUUGGGGGCGGCCUGGGAUUGGGGGGCGGCCUGGGUCUGGGGGGCGGCCUGGGUCUGGGGGGCGGUUUGGGGGGCGGCCUAGGGAUGGCGCGGGCUCUCGGCGGAGGCUUCAGAGGGGCUGGUUUUGGGAUCGGUGUGGGUCUCGGAUUAGGCGGCGCUUCGAGGGGGGCCAUGGCCGCCGGGUUGAAUCUUAGGGGGCUUGGGGGCUUCGGAGGUGGAUACGGAGUCGGCCUUGGUGGGGUGGGUCGAGUGGGGGGUUUGGGCGGCCCGGGAGCCGGUUUCGUAUCGCCUCGCCGGCACCUGGGUGGACGCGGGUUCAUGGUCGGGGGCUAUGGCGUCAGCCCCGGGUUCCUGUAUCCAUCUGGCGCCGGGGGUCUGCCAAGCAUGCCCUCCCUGCCCACCAUCGACGUGGCCAACCUGCCCUCGCUGGACUUCGUGCAGGGCGUGAGGCUCAAGGAGAAGCUGGACAUGCAGAGCCUGAACAACAAGUUCGCCACCUUCAUUGACAAGGUGCGUCUGCUGGAGCAGCAGAACGCGAUUCUGAAGGCGCAGAUCUCCAUGUUCUCAAACAACGACCCGAGCGGGCCCAGUAGCCCCGCGGUGGUCAUCAGCUCCGUGACGGCCAGCUACAACUCCCAGAUCGAGUUCCUCAAGCAGACCAAGGCGGCCCUCACGGCUGAGAUCCAGCACUACAACUCCAUCAUCUCGGAGUACACCACCAAGUACACGGAAGAGGUUGAGACGACGCGAGUUCUCGAGGUCGAAUGGACCAACCUCAAGGAGGAUAUUGACUCGAUCUACCUGGGCAUCGUGGACCUGCAGACCAAGGUCACGGGCCUGGAGGACCAGAUCACGCUCACCAAGCAGCUGUACACCGCGAAAACUCGCGAGAUCCAGGCCCUGCUCGCCGGAGGCUCCACCACGGCCGUGUCCAUCACGGUGGACAACUCGGCGCAGGCGCUGGACCUCACCACGGCGCUGCAGGAGGUCAAGUCGCACUACGAGCUCUUGGCGGCCAAGAGCAAGGAGGAGGCGUUUGCGGCCGUGCAGCAGAAGAUCACGGCGGUGAGCGGAGUAUCUCAAUCGAGCGUGCAAGUGCUGACCCAGGCGAGGGAGGAGCUGCGCACCUACAAGCUCCAGUUGGAGUCCAUCACCCGCGAGAUCGAGCGCAUCCGUAGCGUGAACGUGAAGCUGGAGACGCAGGUGAAGGAACUGGAGGUGAGCAGCACCACGGAGGUGGACCAGUGGCAGAGCAAGGUCACCGUGCUCAAAGCCUCGCUCGACGAAGUCCGCAAGGACAUCGCGCACUACGCGCAAGAAUACCAGGACCUCCUGGCCACCAAGAUGUCCCUGGACAUCGAAAUCGCCGCCUACAGGAAGCUUCUGGACAGCGAGGAGGCCAGGCUGAGCAGCGGCGGCGGCAUCACCGUCGUCACCCGGGGAGGAGGAGGAGACGUCGGAGGUUUCGGCGUUGGUGCCGGCCUGGGUUUCGGCGGCGGUGCCGGUCUGGGCUACGGCGGUGCCGGCCUGGGUCUGGUCGGUGCCGGCCUGGGUUACGGUGGCGGUGCCGGUCUGGGUUACGGUGGCGGUGCCGGUCUGGGCUACGGUGGUGCCGGCUUGGGUCUGGGCGGUGCCGGCCUGAGUUACGGCGCAGCCGGUCUGGGUCUGGGGGGAUACGGGCUGGGCAGCGGGCUGGGCGGCGGGCUGGGCAGCGGGCUGGGACUCGGACUUGGCGGUGGCAUCGGGCUGGCCGGCGGUUACGGGGCCUCUUCCAUGGGCAGCUUCUCGACGGCAAGAGGCUACGGGGGCAGCAGCAGCUUGUACGGCGCACGGUCCCGCUUCUCUGCGUCCUCUUCAGGCUACGGGAUGUGAGUCCAUCGCUCGGCUCGCCUCUCCUCUCCACGACCCUGGUUCGAACUCACGCUUCCAAUGUCUCCGGCUCCUGCCGGUCGCUGCCAACUCCUGGCUGAUUCGCGGCUCGGCUUAGCCUUAGAUGAUGACGGCGAUGAUCAACGAUGACGACGAUGAUCAACGAUGAUGAUGAUUUUCACUUCUAUCGUGAUUAGCACUGGAGGUAACCGGACCAUAACCGCUACUCAACACAAUGGGCCACGCGGUUGGGAUUUGCACGAGCAAAGUGUUUAAUUGAUUACAUCGCUACCCCCUCCCCUCGCCCCCCACUCCCCCACUGGCCCCCCUCCCCCCCAACCACGCUCACUCACCACCACUCACCAACCAGAAAGUUCAGUUCAAUUCC